AUGUUCUUGCUGUUACAGGACAGGCUGGGGCUGAACGACACAGCCGCCGUGUUGAUCAACGUAGAGGACUUUGACAACUUGAACCCGUAUUUCAGCCGCAGCCUGUACCAGGCUUUUAUUCCAGAGGAUCAGGUUGGGGAUUUCCGUACCAUUCAACCCGAGGCAAUAAAGGCCCAGGAUGGAGACAAGGGGAUCAAUAUGAGUAUAACUUACAGUAUCAGUGCAGUGUCUCCAGACAAAUAUCAGAGAAACUUUAACAUUGACCCGAGCAGUGGGGUUCUGUCUGUGCGGGCCGCCAUCGACAGAGAGGAGAUGAACAGCAGUGUGAUCUCUGUCAGCAUCAAGGCAGCUCAGACAGACGACAGUCUGAAGACGGCUGAUGCUCUGGUGUCCGUCACCGUUGAGGAUGUGAAUGACAACGUCCCAGAGUUUGACCAGUCUGACUACUCACCAUCGCUUCUGGAAAACUCUCCAGUCGAUGCUGUUCUGCUUAAAGCCAUCGUCACUGAUCUGGAUCAGGGAGGAUUCGUGGGAACUUUGCGGAUCCUCCCGGAAUCUGCUCCUUUCUCCAUCAGCUCCGACGGGACGGUCAGAGUGACAAACUCCACGGCUCUGGACAGAGAAGCCGCUGAGAACAUCAGGUUUCAGAUCGAAGCCAGAGAGUCGAGUCCACCCAACAGUGUUGCAGUGGCUGAAGUUAGUGUGACUCUGCUGGAUGAGAACGACAACAGUCCUGAAUUCACCAGCAGCAGAUACGAGGGAAAGGUGUUUGUGAAUCAGACGGAGGGAAUGUUGCUGGUCCAGAUUAGGGCAGAGGAUCCGGAUGAAGGUGUAAACGGGCAGAUCAGAUACUCCAUUGACUUCGGGAACGACAACGGCUACUUCUCAAUCAAUGAAAACUCUGGAGAGAUCUCAUUGGCUAAAACCAUUCCCCUGGUGGAAAACAGGAUUUUGGAGUUCCCUCUCUACGUAACAGCCAGAGAUGGGGGAAUCACAUCCCGCUCCUCCUCAGCACAGGUGAACAUUCGUGCUCCUGGUGACUCAAAACCUCAGUUUUUACAAAAGUCGUACCGUGGCAGUGUGGCAGAAGAGCAGGACCCAGGAGCUGUGAUUCUCAGGGUUAACUUCCUCGCAAUUGCUGCUGAGAUUCCCGUGACUCUCCAAGUUGAGACGGAAGCCGACAGGUUCGCCAUCUCCUCCUCCGGUGAAUUCACCACAAAGGUGAAGCUGGACUAUGACGAAGCCCCGCACAACUACUCUGUGGAAAUCUCCAUCUCUGACGGGGUCAGCAGCGACAGGGCAGUCGUGCAGGUUCAUGUCACCGACGUCAACGACAACAGUCCAGUUUUCACCUCCAGCUCUGUCACAAGGUCGGUCCCAGAGGACGCAGAGGUAGGAUCCAAUGUCACUGCUGUUCCAGCGACAGACAAAGACAGCGGCUUCAAUAAAGAGGUCAGAUACUCGCUGAGAGGAGGAGAGGGGAGGUUCUCCAUUGAUCCGGUGUCUGGGAUGGUAAGUGUGGCCGGGGCACUUGAUAGAGAGACCAAGGCUGAGUACAACAUGCUGGUGGUGGCCGAAGAUCAGGGUCGUCCAGCCAGGUCGGCCACAGCCGCCCUGCUGGUCCAAGUGUCCGACGUCAACGAUAACGUCCCGAGGUUCUCAGAGGCCGAGUAUCAGGCUGAAGUCUCAGAGACAGAGUCCACGGGGACCAGCUUGCUCACGUUAUCAGCUGUAGACCCCGAUGAAGGAGCAAACGGGCGAGUUACUUACAGCAUUUUCAGGCAAAGUCCCUCCUCAGACCCUGCUGUCUUUGAGGUGGACUCCUCCAGCGGGAUCCUGCAGCUGGUCCAGCCUCUGGACUACAGUCAGGUGAAAGUGUACAGUCUGAUGGUUCGGGCCUCUGACGGGGGGACUCCCUCUCUAGUUGGGAACGGCUCUGUGGUGGUGAAGGUGAAGGACGUGAACAACAACCCACCUGAGUUCAGUAAGGAAAGCUACCACGUGGCCGUCUCUGAGAACCUGGCCAGCGGCGCCUCCAUCCUGAGCCUGGAGGUCACGGACAGGGACGAGGGAGGAUUUGUGGGAACUCUGCGGAUCCUUCCAGAAUCUGCUCCUUUCUCUGUCAGCUCUGACGGGACGAUCAGAGUGAACAACUCCACAGCUCUGGACAGAGAAGCCACUGAAAGGAUCACCUUUCAGGUCGAAGCGAGAGAGACGGAACCACCAAACCAUGUUGCGAUGGCAAAUGUGAACAUAACUCUUCUGGAUGAGAACGACAACAGCCCUGAAUUCACCAAGAGCAAGUACGCAAGCAGAGUCUUCACCAACCAGACUGAGGGGAUGUUGCUAGUGAAGGUUGAGGCAGAAGACCCAGAUGCAGGUGUGAAUGGACAGAUCAAGUACUCCAUCGACUUUGGGAAUCACAACAACUACUUCUCAGUUGAUGAAAACACAGGAGCCAUCACUCUGACCAAAACCAUUCCACUUGAAGCUCAUAAAACCCUGCAGUUCUUAUUGUUCAUAUCAGCCAGAGAUGGGGGCGUAGUGUCCCGAUCCACCUCAGCCCAGGUGGAGAUUCUUGCUGUUGGAAGCUCAAACCCACAGUUCACACAGAGCAAUUACAGCGGCACCAUAGAAGAAGAACGAGACCCAGGAACAAAGAUCUUGAGGGUCGACUUCCUUGCAACAGGAGAAAAUCCCGUGACUCUCCAAGUUGAGACGGAAGCCGACAGGUUCGCCAUCUCCUCCACCGGUGAAUUCACCACAAAGGUGAAGCUGGACUAUGACGAAGCCCCGCACAACUACUCUGUGGAAAUCUCCAUCUCUGACGGGGUCAGCAGCGACAGGGCAGUCGUGCAGGUUCAUGUCACCGACGUCAACGACAACAGUCCAGUUUUCGCCUCCAGCUCUGUCACAAGGUCGGUCCCAGAGGACGCAGAGGUAGGAUCCAAUGUCACUGCUGUUCCAGCGACAGACAAAGACAGCGGCUUCAAUAAAGAGAUCAGAUACUCGCUGAGAGGAGGAGAGGGGAGGUUCUCCAUUGAUCCGGUGUCUGGGAUGGUAAGUGUGGCCGGUGCACUUGAUAGAGAGACCAAGGCUGAGUACAACAUGCUGGUGGUGGCCGAAGAUCAGGGUCGUCCAGCCAGGUCGGCCACAGCCGCCCUGCUGGUCCAAGUGUCCGACGUCAACGAUAACGUCCCGAGGUUCUCAGAGGCCGAGUAUCAGGCUGAAGUCUCAGAGACAGAGUCCACGGGGACCAGCUUGCUCACGUUAUCAGCUGUAGACCCCGAUGAAGGAGCAAACGGGCGAGUUACUUACAGCAUUUUCCAACAAAGUCCCUCCUCAGACCCUGCUGUCUUUGAGGUGGACUCCUCCAGCGGGAUCCUGCAGCUGGUCCAGCCUCUGGACUACAGUCAGGUGAAGGUGUACAGUCUGAUGGUUCGGGCCUCUGACGGGGGGACUCCCUCUCUAGUUGGGAACGGCUCUGUGGUGGUGAAGGUGAAGGACGUGAACAACAACCCACCUGAGUUCAGUAAGGAAAGCUACCACGUGGCCGUCUCCGAGAACCUGGCCAGCGGCGCCUCCAUCCUCAGCCUGGAGGUCACGGACAGGGACGAGGGUGGAUUCUCCAAAGGUUACUUCCUGUACACCAACGAUACGUUUGACAUUAACAAGCAGGGUGUGGUCUCGCUGAGGAAGGACGUGACUCUGGACAGAGAGACAAAGGACAGCUACGUAUUACAGGUCGUGGCGGUGGAUCAGGUGACGGAUGGUCUCAGAGCCACAGCUCAGCUCAACAUCACCGUCCUGGACUACAACGACAACGCCCCACAGUUCCCAGUAAUCCCAGACCCCCUGCAGAUCCCUGAGGGAGACUACUCCGAGGAAACCCAGGGAGACAUUUUCACCAUCGUGCCCACGGACUCCGACCUCAGCCUCAACGGAGAGGUCACUGUGUCCCUCCCCGCCCCUCACCCGCUCUUCAGAUUCAGACAGGACGGGACGCUGUUGGCUGUUGGACGUCUGGAUCGGGAGAGCAGGGAAACUUACGAGCUGGUCGUUAGGGCCUCAGACAAAGGCAGCCCACAGAGACAGAACGUCACCACCAUCACAGUGAGCCUCACCGACAUCAACGACAACACGCCUGAGUUCACCUCCGACCUCUACGUCAGCAGCGUCCUGAAGAAAGACGCAGCGGAGGGGAAGCUGCUGCUGACGCUGUCCGCCACCGACGGGGACACCGGGGACAACUCGCUCAUCACCUACAGUUUCAGUGCCGGAAAUUCUCCAUAUUUGGCCUUAAACAGUGAGACCGGGGCAGUGACCUUGACCUCUGACCUCGCUAAUCUCACAGAGGACACCACGCUGGAGCUGAUGGCCAUGGCCAAAGACCACGGCCGGCCUCCGCUGAACUCCACAGCUCGUGUGCUGGUGAACCUGAGGACCGUCAGUCUGCUGGAGGGCGUGGCUUUCCAGAGCUCCUCCUACAACUUCAGCCUACCCGAGAACGGUCCGGCGGGGGUCACGGUGGGGAGGGUCCAGGCCUCGUCGGGGAGCGACCUUUACGAUGUGGCCUACACGCUGAGAACACACACUGACCUGUUCUCCAUCAACACCAGCGGAGCCGUUCUGACCAAAGCGCAGCUGGACAAGGAAACGCAGGAGUGGUACAUCCUGGACGUGGAGGCAGUGGACACGAGGACGCCCCCUACAUCAGCCAUCGCAGUGGUCAGAGUUCAGGUGGAGGACGUGAACGAGUCUCCACAGUUUCCCUCCGAUGUUUACAAAGCCUCCGUCUUCAGCAUCGCUCCGUAUAAAACCUCCGUCGCCCGCGUCAAGGCUUCAGACCCCGACGUCGGCGAUGACGGCCUGCUGGACUACAGUCUGUCUGCACACAGUCCUCACUUCGACGUGGACCCGUCCUCGGGCCUGGUGUACGUGGUGUCAGCAGCGGGUCUGGCGGGACAGGUGGCUGCGGUGGAGGUGAAGGCCACAGACCCAGGAGGACUGUAUGCUACCACCAGGGUGGAGGUGUCGGUCCAGGGAAAUGUGAACGGCGGUGAUGUGGUGAUCAUCUCCCUGAACCAGCCGGCCAACAUCGUGGAGAAGAAAGUUCCAGAGUUGGAGAAGUCUUUGGGAGCUGCUCUGAGCUGGACCGUGAACAUCAUCGAGGUCUCGAGCUCCAACGGAGGAGCCGCAGAGUCCAGAUCCCCGAGAGCGGAUGUGAGGACGCUGGUCAGCUUCUUCGCUGUAGACGGAGGCGGGGUCGUUUCCUCUGAGGAAGUCACACAGAAACUGCAGAGCCAAUCAGCUGCUGUGACGGCAGAGCUGGUCAGAGUGUUUGGGGAGGGGCUUCAUUUUGAUGUACAGGUGAAGCCUCAAAGCCCCGCCUCCGACCAGGCUGCCGUCAUCGCUCUGAGCGUCAUGUUGGCGCUGAGCAUCGCGGGAUUGAUCGCGGCUGUUGCCUUGAUCAUCAGGUUCCAGAGGAAGCAGAAACAUCAGGACUCUGACAGAGAGAGCUUUGACAUCGGCCGACAGGCGGAAGUUCACACGAACUGGUCUCAGAAGGUUUCUGAAAACUCUGAGGGUCAAAGGUCAAAGGACGAGGAACCAGAGGGGGGACCGGAGGACAAGCAGCGGGGGACGGACGGCGACAGCGUGAGAGUUGGAGAGGACAGAAACAGCGACGGUAACGGAAGCCGCACUUCCUCCCUCUGAUCCGGAGUCAGUCCGCAGAGUGCCGCUGAAACAAACACACACUUCCACCGCCUUCCAUUAAAACCACUAACAAUGACAACAACAACAAAUUAUAAAGACAGACAAACAGCUGACCAAUCAGAGCCUCUGUGGGCGGGACGUUAACUUAAACCUGUUUAUUCCCUGAAAUCAGCUGCUGUCGUUUAAAAAUGAUUUAUUUAAAUGUUUGUUUCUGUCACGUUGAACUGAGGAUUGACUGACUACAGAUUAGUUUACCAGGUUUACUGACCCGUGUGCUGAGCGUCGUGCAGCAGGAUCAUCUGUGAAUUUAUCAUUCAGCAGAAAUCAAACGUUAUGUUUUUGUUUUCCAUCGAUGCACUUUAUGAGCAGAAAUGUGAAUAAGAGCUCGGCUCUGCAGGAAAACCUAGAGUCAGCGUCUGUAAUAAAACACGUUUGACUUUUAUCAGUGUGGAAUUUUAUUUCAUCUGUAAUUUGAAAAGUAUGAAAUGAUAAAUGGU